AUGGGAUCAAGAAAAACAAAUGCAAGAGGAAGACAGUUACAAGAGGUAAUAAAUGAAGGUUAUUUUAACUGUAUUGAUGAUGUUAGCACCACAUAUGAAAAGAAUGAUUAUGAAGUAAAGAUCGACUGGAUAUUAACCAGUCAACCUCUUCAUUCAUUAAUAUCAAACGUCGAAACCCACCCAACAAUCGGUACAUUAAGUGGUCACAAACCAUUAACCUUCGAUUUACCAAUUGGACCUGAACCCAAACCUGCAUCUCCAAGAUUAUCGCUUAACUUCAAAGCAGCAAAUUGGCCAAAAUUUAGAAAUACAUUAAAUGAACAACUAAUGCUAUGGAACAAACAUCGUUAUAUAAAUUCAGAAUCAGAUAUAGAAGAAUAUACGUCGUUUAUUACCAACAGCAUUACUACAGCAACACAAGAAGCCAUACCAACAUCAAAAAAAUUGAACACAAACAUUAAACUAAGUGAAGCAACCAAACAUCUGAUCCAGCUCAAACAUAAAACUUAUCGUAAAUGGAAGAAGACUGGAGAAGAUAGUGAAAAACAGCAAUAUUAUAAAUAAAUCGAAAAUAUAUUAUCCAGACCAUUCAACCUUAAUAGUGGUACUCCACAAGGAUCUCCGUUAUCACCAUUACUCUACAUUAUAUAUACGGCAGAUUCGAUGAAUGGAAUACCAGAACAUACAGAACAUGGUCUUUUUGCCGAUGACACAGCACUAUGGACAUCAUCCAACACAAUAACAAGCCUUAAUUCCCGCCUACAACACUCCAUAGAUGCAUUCCAAAGUUGGUGCAAAUCGUGGAAACUAAAAUUACAACCAACAAAAACUGAACUCGUCCACUUCACUGUACAUCCAAGAAAACAAUAUAAAAAUCCAGUCGCAGUCAAAAUAGAUGAUAUAUCCAUCAAACCAUCCAACUCAACAAGAUAUUUAGGUGUUAUUAUUGACAAAACGUUGAAUUGGAGAAGUCAUAUCCAUCACAUUGAAUCGAAGAUUGCUGGUCGUAUUAGUCUGUUACGGUUUUUAAAUAGAGCAGCUUAA